UAAAACAUGUACAGUAUAUGACUUAGGAUGCAUAAUUUCAAUCAGGCAUUUUUGUAGGCACGCCUCGUUCGGGUCCUCAGAGUAGACAUUGCCGCGGUGCAUCCUGGAUCCUUCCUUUCCAACCCAGGCUCGCUUCUGCAAUCAUGGGAAAGUGUCGUGGUCUGCGUACUGCCAGGAAGCUCCGCAAUCACCGCCGUGAGCAGAAAUGGCAUGAUAAGCAGUACAAGAAGGCCCAUCUGGGCACCGCCCUGAAGGCUAACCCCUUCGGAGGAGCUUCUCACGCCAAGGGAAUUGUUCUCGAGAAAGUUGGUGUGGAGGCUAAGCAGCCCAACUCUGCCAUCAGGAAGUGUGUGAGAGUUCAGCUCAUCAAGAACGGCAAGAAGAUCACCGCCUUCGUCCCCAAUGACGGUUGCCUCAACUUCAUCGAGGAGAACGAUGAGGUUCUGGUGGCAGGUUUCGGACGUAAAGGUCAUGCCGUGGGUGACAUUCCUGGAGUUCGUUUCAAGGUGGUCAAAGUGGCCAAUGUGUCUCUGCUGGCGCUCUACAAAGGCAAGAAGGAGAGGCCCAGGUCAUAAAAUGUAGAGGCACAAAAUGGAAUAAACAUGUUUUCAAUUACA